AUGCCAGCCAAUGAUGUGAGGGUUGUAGUGAAUUUCCUGCGGAAGAACAUCUUUUACCGAUUUGGUACUCCGAGGACCAUAAUCAGUGAUGGCGGUAAGCAUUUUUGCAAUUACCAAUUUGAAGCGCGACUAACUAAGUAUGGAGUUACCCAUCACGUGGCGACACCAAACGAUCCUCAAACGAGCGGCCAGGUCGAUGUGUCAAAUUGGGAGCUGAAGCGCAUACUGGAGAAGACCAUGAGCACCUUUCAGACAGAUGGGACAUCGCCUUAUUGGCUCGUUUAUGGAAAAGCCUACCAUCUGCUUGUGGAUCUAGAACACAUAGCCUAUUGGGUGACGAGGACACUGAACUUUGAUUUACAAGCGGCUGGUAAGAAGAGAAUACUGCAGAUUAACGAGACGGAUGAAUUCCGCAAUGAUGCUUAUGAGAAUGCUCGGAUUUACAAAGAUACAACUAAAAGAUGGCACGAUAAGCAUAUUCUAAGGAGGGAAUUCAAAAUCGGGAAGAAAGUUCUAUUAUUUAACUCAAGACUUCAACUCUUCCUAGGAUAG